AUGGGUCACACGCCACGAACACCGGCUUCUGACUUUUCCGAGGCCUCGUCGUUUUGCUGUGGCGACGGUGGACCGAGGAAGCGUGUCCGCACCGAAAGCACUGGCACAAACCCACCCCCACCCACCAUCCCCAUCCCCACGGUGCAGACAAACUACCCCAAGAAGCGCGUGUCGGUAGCCUGCGAGGUGUGCCGAACACGCAAGACGCGCUGCGAUGCCGGCCGGCCGGCGUGCUCGUUCUGUGCGCAGAUCGGGGCCCAGUGCAUCUACCGAACGGUCGAGCCUCCCGAGGAGAAGAGGGCUGCAGCCGCAACGCGGAGAGACGUGAAUUCUACAGACACGGCCGCCACUGUCAUGACCACAGCCGACACCUCCUAUUCCCCCUCCUACGAUCAUGUGCCUCGCCUACCGCUGCGGAUCCAGCCCCGUGUCGGGAACCUUUCCUUUGAGGGUAUUGCACGCCUUGAUGGUCACCCAUGCCCGCCAGCCUUGAUUCCCAUGGCGCGCAUCGGCAGCGACGACGACAUUGAGACUGAGUUUCUGCAGGGCGAGGCGCUGAUGGCAGGACCAGCGUCAACGUCGGCUGAUGGGAGUGGAAACGGGGACGCCGGCACCGACGCCGCCGACUUCGACAUGUGCAACCUGCCAGCAUGGUUGAAUGUCACCCCCCGGCGGUGCUGGCAGCUCCAGCAGAUCUUCUACCGGGACGUGCUGCCAUGGUGUUCCAUCAUCGAUCAACAGGUAUGCUCGGAGAUAGUGACACGGACGGUCGAAUUGCGCUUCCAACCGGAACACGUGGAGACCAGUCUGACAUUACUGGUGCUGGCGCUGAGAGCAUUUGCCGAGGGCCAUCAGCACAGGGAAGACGACGCGCGGGUGUUUCCCGGUCGGGCCUACUUUCGGGCAGCAUGUGCCCUCGUCGACAGCCCACGGCAAGCCACAUUCCGCAACACGGUGGCGCAUGUGCAGUGCCAUAUUAUGAUGGCGUUCUACUUGCUGUAUGCGAUCCGACCCAUACAGGCGUUUGAACUCAUUCGACGGGCCUCUGAAAAGGUUAUUCUAUUGUUGCAGCGGCCUCGCCGAAGCGGCCACCCCGUUGUGGGCGUGCUAGACACACUCCCGGACACCACAGCCGACCCCAGUUACCAGGCACUCUGCCGCAGCUAUUGGGCCUGCUAUCUAAUCGAGCACGAGCUACAGGCGUAUGUGUCAUACAGCGCCAAUUUGUUGCGAGACUUUGAGGACGUGGUGCCGCUCCCGAUGAGCGACUAUGAGGAGCCCGGCAUCUACUGGUUUUUGUCCGAGAUUGCUUUGCGGCGGAUCUUUGCCAGACAACGGGGCGGCCGCGGGUGGAACGGACAUACGCUGUUUGACCCUGUAGUGGUCGGCGAGAUUGCGCUGCAGAUGGCACAGUGGCACAGCAACCUGCCGGCACCAGUUCAGUUUGACCUGGACGAAGUAGCGAGUUCAGAGGCGACGGGCCACGGCAACACGCCUGUUGGAACUGGAACUGGAUCUGGAUCUGGAAUGGGACUGGGAAUGGGACCGGGCGUGGACACGAUGGAUGUGCGGCCGCUGCUAGACCCGAUCAAGGUGUUUCAGCGGGCGCAGUGCUACGCGGUGCACGCGGCCCUGUACUGGCAGUACGUGGUGCAGAUGCUGUCCCAGCCGCAGCACGGACAGAGCGACCAGCGGACAGUGGAAGCGGCGGCACUGUCACUGCGGUAUUCGGUGGUGCAUGUCUUUGCGGUCGAGUCGCUGCUCCAGGGGCGGCAUUUGUUGCUGGUGCCAAACUUGGUGGGGCCGCCGUGCAACGCAUGCUUUUUGCUGUGCUCGUAUGCAGAGCCGGGUCUCGAAGCCAUCCAGCACCCGCGGGCGCGCGAGGCGAUUGUGAUGGCGGUCCGGUGCAUCCAAGCGUGGCAGGCAAACCCGGCGGUGCAGACGUAUGUGACCAAGGUGGAACAGUUAAUGGCAUUAAAAGGAAUUGCGUUGGCGUAA